GCCAUCUUGAGUGUUGAGGUUUCCUUCCUAAGCCCGUCUUUGCCGUUUUUUUACGCCUGCUUUCGAUCGGGUUUGUGCCUGAUGCCAGGCACAACAAGGCUGAUCCAGGCCAAUGCCACAAGCCGAUUAAACCUUUCAACAAGCUGUCUGGUAUGACAGAAAACCUCUUCACCUUUGUGCUCCCAAAUGGGACAGUAGCUGAGAAUAUCUACUGGGUUUACUCAUGUUUGGCAGCAUUGCCUACCUCCAUCACCUGAUCGUCGGUGUAGACUUGAAGGAGAGGUCAUCUGUCGUGUCAUCAGUUGGAUGUGAUACCAAUUCAGGAUUCAUGCGCCUCAGAAUGGAAGUAAUGUUCACUAGAGCCUCCUGGGUCAUCGCCACCACCUGGAAGAAGAAGGAGGUUGAUAGCACCUAACAGGCCAGGACACCAUGCUGUGCUAUAACCAAACAUUUGCUGCCACAGCCUCUCUGGGUAUAAGCCUUGAAAUGAGGUGCCUCAUGGUGUGUCAUAGUACAACCCAUUGCUCGGGUUGUAUUAUAACUAUUGUACAGUUCCAACACCCAAACGUAGGACUGUAGUUGCAUAGUACAUAUACCUUCUUGGAGAAAAAAGAAAUUUCAAGAUACAAUGGAUUUUAAAUACAAAAAUUUCCCAGUAUGUGACAGUAUCAUUCUAGUCAUAUUGAUUUGCUACAAACUCUAAAGCUGAAGGUAGUCAAAAAGUACAGACUUCCACAUUUAAAGAGGAACAGCACAGCAUGCUGGGCUCUGGAUUUAAAGCUGAGCGUUUACGAGUCAAUUUGAGAUUAGUCAUAAAUCGUCUUAAACUGUUGGAGAAAAAAAAAACCGAACUGGCCCAGAAAGCAAGAAAGGAGAUUGCUGACUAUUUAGCUGCUGGGAAAGAUGAACGCGCCCGGAUCCGAGUGGAGCACAUUAUCCGAGAAGACUACCUUGUGGAGGCCAUGGAGAUCCUGGAGUUGUACUGUGACCUGCUGUUGGCGCGGUUUGGCCUCAUUCAGUCUAUGAAGGAGCUAGAUCCGGGUCUGGCUGAAUCUGUGUCUACAUUGAUCUGGGCUGCUCCUCGACUCCAGUCAGAAGUGGCAGAGUUGAAAAUAGUUGCUGAUCAGCUCUGUGCCAAGUACAGCAAGGAAUAUGGCAAGUUAUGUAGGACCAACCAAAUUGGAACUGUGAAUGACCGGCUAAUGCACAAACUGAGUGUUGAGGCCCCACCCAAAAUCCUAGUGGAAAGAUACCUGAUUGAAAUUGCCAAGAACUACAAUGUGCCCUAUGAGCCUGACUCUGUGGUCAUGGCAGAAGCUCCUCCUGGGGUAGAGGCAGAUCUUAUUGAUGUCGGAUUCACAGAUUUUGUGAAGAAAGGGGGCUCUGGAAGAGGAGGAGGAGGAGGGGGCGGAUUCACAGCACCAGUUGGUGGACCUGAUGGAACAGUAUCAAUGCCAAUGCCGAUGCCAAUGCCAAUGCCAUCUCCAAAUACUCCUUUCACAUACCCACUUCCGAAGGGACCAUCAGAUUUCAAUGGAUUGCCAAUGGGGACUUUUCCCAAUAUUCAUCCACCUCAGAUACCAGCAACUCCCCCAUCAUAUGAAUCUGUUGAUGACAGUGCUGAUAAGAAUGUCUCUUCUGCACAGAUUGUUGGUCCUGGACCCAAGCCAGAAGCCUCUGCAAAGCCCCCUCCCAGACCUGUGGAUGUAUCCUAUGACAACUUUGUGCUACCAGAGUUGCCAUCUGUGCCAGACACACUACCAACUGCAUCUGCUGGUGCCAGCACCUCAGCAUCUGAGGACAUUGACUUUGAUGAUCUUUCCCGGAGAUUUGAAGAGUUGAAAAAGAAAACAUAGGCCUCUUAAACCAGACUGUGUCCAAGUUCUGGGAGUGGAGACUGAGCAGUUUCUCCUUGUAACAAAGACUCUCCAUGAAAUCCUGUUUCAUCUCUUAACCAUCACUGAGCAAACUCUUCUUCUGGGCUCUCUCCCUGUUCUACCACAUCCUGCUGCUUUCCAGUUCUUUGUUGCUCCUAAGAGACCAACAGUUGGACACUGAGGCUGGAGCAGCGGCUCCUGGCGCCUGUGCUUGUCCAUUUCCUAUCAGUGUGAUCCCAGGUUCUCUCCUUGCCCAUCCCACCACCUCUCCAGAAGGGUGUGAGAAGGUGUAAGCCCUAUGGGGAGAUCUUGCAAGGUGGCUGGGCAACGAAGAAGAGCACUUCAUGUGUCUCAGCCCUGUGCUGAGAUUCUAGACUAGAAAAAAACCCCUCUGUUGAGUGGGAUUUAUGGUGAGUGAGAGAGCCAAGUUGUGUAUAUUCUCACUCAAAUAAGAAUGGGAGAGAAAAUGACUCAGGAAGCCAUUGUAACUGUUCUUGGAAGCUGGGUCCUCUCACUGGCAUAUACACUACUCCUUGCUGUAGGGCACUGUUCCACCUGGAUCCAGUGGCAAAAGUUUAUUUUGAAAGUUGAAGGCCUCUUAGUUCUACUGGAUUCUCAGGGAGCCCUCUGUGGCCUUUUGCUUUAUUUUAAGUGCUGUUUUCCUUUUACCAUAGGACAGCAGCACUGUAAAUUCCUGUUUUUCCCUAUAGUGUGUUCUGUUGGAUCGCAUUACUGGCAAAGGAAGGACAGGCCACAUAUUGGACAGAAGUCACCAUUCAAGAUUAAGGUGGGCUUCCAGUUGCCUUAAUAGAAGUACUCAAGUGUCUUGGGUAGUGAGCUGGAAAGCCUACAGGAGAAGAGGGGUUCCUGUUUUCAUUUGAAAACUUUAUGAUUAAGAGAACCUUUAAAAACUGAUCUUGGCUACGAGUUUGGUGCCCAUGUGGCUAUCUAUAGCUGUUCACUGCUUUCCUGGAUAGAAGAGACUUACUGUAACCUACAUGCUCCUUUGCCCCCUAGCUGAGACCGUCCUUCACAGGGAUGGCCUUGGAUUGGAAGGUAAGACUUUGGCUCCUGUGUAGCAUAUCUGUACACUUCAAGCAACUUAAUGUUUUUGAUUGGUUUGUAUCUCAUAGCUCAGUAGGUGACAAUAAAAUUAAAGAUUCUGUGCUCUGCUUUCUCUA